GAUGUCAGUCAGAUGAAGACAGACAGCAGCAGCAUCUGUCAGUGUCUGCUGAUGAAGGGACGACGUCUCUUUGACCUCAUCUGAACGGGACUUUAACAGGAAGCCACAAUGACGACAGUGGAUCUUUUCAACACUUUGGAGGAUUUAAAAGAAGAGGAAUUCGUGAAAUUCAAAUGGCAUCUGCAUCAAGACCUCCUGGAAGGCUACCAAUCCAUCAAAGUGUCCAAGCUGGAGAACGCAGAAAGGCAGGACACGGUGGAUGUGAUGGUGAACACCUAUCGGGUAGAUGGAGCUCUGACGGUGACCAAGAAGGUUUUAGAGAUGAUGAACAGGAACGAUCUGGUGCAGAGUCUGCCAGACACCAGCUCGGGACCACAAGUUCUGGCUGCUGCCAGCAAUGUGCCUGAAGGAGAACAAUCAGCUCAAAGGAAAGCCAGCAGCAGCAGCUCAGAGCCACAAGUGUCCAAACCAGGAGACGUUCCCUGUGACGUCUGCACUGGAACCAAACUGAAGGCAGAGCUGAGGAAGACGGAUGCUGAAAUUCAGCAGAUGAUCCAGAUGAGACGACUGAAGAUUCAGGAGAUCAAACACUCAGUGGAGCUCAGUGAGGAAGAUGCAGACAGAGAGAUAGCAGAAGGUGUUCAGGUCUUCACUUCUCUGAAGGAGUCUGUUGAGAGAGGCCUGAAUGAGCUCAUCAACACCAUCAAAGAGAAGCAGAAAACAACAGAAAAACAGGCUGAAGCUUACAUCACAGAGCUGGAACAGGAAAUCUCUGAGCUGAUGAAGAGAAGCACUGAGAUGGAGCAGAUGUUACGCUCUGAAGACCACCUCCAUCUUCUCCAGAGUGUCCAGUCGCUAAACACCAACCACCCUCCACCCACCAAGAACUGGACAGAGGUCAGCGUCCGUCCAUCAUCAUAUGACGGGACUUUGGUGAAAUCUGGGGUUCAGCUGGACAAGUCAUUCGGUAAACAGAUGAAGAAGCUGUUCGCUGUGUCUGAGCUGAUGAAGAGAAGCACUGAGGUGGAGCAGCUCUCACGCUCUAAAGACCGCCCCAAUCUUCUCCAGAGGGCCCAGUCCCUAAACAUCCAACAACUUCCACCCACCAAGGACUGGACAGAGGUCAUUGUCCGUCCAUCCUCAUAUGAGGGGACUGUAGUAAAAGCUGUGGUUAAGGUGGAGAAGACGCUCAGUAAACAGAUAAAGAAGCUGCUUAAGUCUGAUAUGAAGUGUGUCCAGCAGUAUGCAGUGGAUGUGACUCUUGAUCCUGAUACAGCACGUCCUGAACUCACCCAGAGUUUCUCACUUUGAGGUUCAAGUUAAAGGAAAGACUGAUUGGAAUUUAGGAGUGGCCAGAGAGUCGAUCAACAGGAAGGGAAACGUCACAGGUUCCUUCUA